AUGACCAACACGACUAACAGCAAGACCAUGUAUUUGGUAUACAAUGGUGUGGUUUACGCAGCUACUAUCCGCGCCAAUAUGACGCACGACGAGAUCUAUGCCGCCCUCCGAGCCACUGUCUACAACGUCGUGGAGCCCUCCCACAUCAUCGUCUCCGACCAAGAACGUGGCGAAAAGGUGCAUCUGGACUACAACAUCCUGCGUGGCAAUCGCCUAUAUACCAUCACGCUGUCUGACGAAUUCAGCCACGGCGUGGACUCCAACUCAACCGGGUCCAAGAAGAUCGCGGAGAACCUCGAAAUCACCAUGCAGCAAUGGGCACUCGCUGACGCAGCUCAUAUUUUCCCUCAAGAUCUAGCGCCCCGCACACCGGACUCCGGUGGCAGGCUGCCGCACAUCUACAGCAGCUUCGACACAGCACCACUUGACCCUUGCACAUGGCCACGUUCAUUCACCGAGAGUCUCCGCAAGCUCAGUUGGCGUUCGCAAGGUCACCACGACAGGGCUUUGCAGUGGCUGUAUGCUGAGGUGGCACUGAGGCACGGCAGGGAUGAUGUCGGUGAGCGUGACGACCUUGCUGUGAAGCAGGUCAUGAAGGGCGAUAUCGAGGGUGUCGUGCGUAAGUGGGACGCACAGCUGGAGUCAAUGCGUGCUACUCAGGAGCUGGCGGCACAAGCGAUUAAGAAUGUGCAAAAGAUUCAAGAAAAUGUUGUGUUCAGUCAUGGGCUACUGGAGGCGUUGCCAAAGAUCGAGGACGAGCCGACGUACCAGAUGGGAAUGGCAUUCAGUAUUGCGCAGAGAUAGAGGCAUUGCUGUUUCCUUUGCCGAAUAUGUUCUAUUCUGACAAGUCAGUGCCGGUAGUCAUCAGGUGGGAUUGCAAAUCAAUAACAAAAUAAACCUGCUUUCGCUUUCACUUUCACCUUCGCCCUCAC